AUGGCUACAGCUGCCGCUGCUCGUACCCUCAGCAGGGCUAUCCCACGAAGCACUGCUUCCGCCACAACCUCUUUGCGUCUCGCCGCCCGUCCUUCGAGAAACAAUGCUGCUAAGCGGUUCUUCCAAAACUCCUCCCGACGCCACUACUCCUCGGAAAACCCAACUCCCGAACCUCCCAAGUCCAGCAACACCGGCGUGAUUGUCGGAGCCACUGCCGCAGCUGCACUGCUCGCAGGUGGCUUCUACUACUACAGCAGCCAGGGAGGCGAGAUUGAGAUUCCUGAGGUGCACGUCAAGAAGGGAAGCGCAGGAGAAACAGUUGGUCUUCUCACGCCCACAAAUGAAGAUUACCAGAAGGUCUACGACGCAAUUGCCAAGCUGUUGUGGGAGAAGGAUGACUACGACGACGGUUCUUACGGCCCAGUCCUGCUUCGAUUGGCAUGGCACGCAUCGGGCACCUACGACGCCGCAACCGGUACCGGUGGCAGCAACGGUGCCACUAUGCGUUUCGCUCCCGAAGGCGAUCACGGUGCCAAUGCUGGCUUAAAAGCUGCCCGCGACUUUCUUCAGCCUGUCAAGGAGCAAUUUCCAUGGAUUUCAUACUCCGACCUCUGGACUCUGGCCGGUGUUUGCGCUGUGCAAGAGAUGCAAGGACCUGGCAUCCCCUGGCGCCCAGGUCGAAAAGACCGCGACGUCGCCUUCUGCACACCUGACGGCCGUUUGCCCGACGCUUCAAAAGACCAGAACCACAUCCGCGCUAUUUUCGGACGCAUGGGCUUCAACGACCAAGAAAUGGUCGCCUUGUCUGGCGCUCAUGCUCUAGGCCGAUGCCACACCGACCGCUCCGGCUUCGAUGGACCUUGGACUUUCUCCCCUACCGUCAUGACCAACGACUACUUCCGACUUCUGCUCGAGGAGAAGUGGGGCUGGCGAAGCUGGAACGGACCUAAGCAGUACCAGGAUGCCACUAGCAAGAGCUUGAUGAUGUUGCCCACCGAUAUCGCCUUGAUCAAGGAUCCCAUCUUCAUGAAGUAUGUCCAACAGUACGCAAAGGAUAACCAGUCUUUCUUCGACGACUUCUCCAAUGUCGUCACCAAGCUCUUCGAGCUGGGUGUGCCGUUUGAGAGCAAGCCUGAGGACAGAAUCCGAUUCAAGUCUACUCAUGAGGCCGAGGCAGCGAACUAA